CCGCUUGCAACCUACCGUGCUGACUAGCGAUUAGCUGCCAGCUCCAGCUGACGGAGGACGUCUGCGAGUAAAGAGAGCAGAAAGCUGCUCAAACCACGUCAAAAUGUGCUGGACCCGGGCUGCUGUGACCAGCUGGGCUCUGCUGCUGCUGCAGCUGCUGUGUGUGCAGUCAGUCCCCAUCGGUAUUGACAAGACCAAAGUAAAAGAACCAGAGAAAAAAGCUGAAGAGCUGCCACCAAAUGUGGACACUGGACUCCACUAUGACCGCUACCUCAGAGAAGUCAUUGACUUUCUUGAGAAAGAUCAGCAUUUCAGAGAAAAGCUUCACAAUACUGACAUGGAAGACAUUAAGCAAGGUAAGCUGGCUAAAGAGCUCGACUUUGUCAGCCAUCAUGUCAGAACAAAACUGGAUGAAUUAAAGAGGCAGGAAGUAAACCGACUGCGCACCCUGAUUAAGGCAAAGCAAGACUUGGAAGGAGGGAAUGACAUAGCAGUGGACCACCAGGCUCUUUUGAAGCAGUUUGAGCACUUAAAUCACAUGAACCCACAUACAUUUGAAGUGGAGGACCUGGAUCGGCUUAUAAAAUCGGCCACGAGCGACCUAGAAAACUAUGACAAAGAAAGACAUGAGGAGUUCAAAAAGUACGAGAUGAUGAAGGAGCAUGACAGACAAGAACAUCUGAAAACCCUGGAUGAGGAAGCGAGAAAGAAGGAGGAAGAGCACUAUGAGGAGAUGAGGAAGAAGCAUGCUGACCACCCUAAAGUCAACCACCCGGGCAGUCAGAAUCAACUGAAGGAGGUGUGGGAAGAAGCUGAUGGCUUAGACCCAGAGGAUUUCGACCCAAAGACCUUUUUCAACCUGCAUGAUACUAAUGGAGAUGGCUUCUUUGAUGAACAGGAGCUUGAGGCAUUGUUCACCAAAGAGCUGGAAAAAAUGUAUGACCCCACCAAUGAAGAGGACGAUAUGGUGGAAAUGGAGGAAGAGAGGCUACGAAUGAGAGAGCAUGUAAUGAAUGAGGUGGAUUCUAACAAAGACAGGUUGGUGUCAUUAGAUGAGUUUCUGGUUGCUACAAAGAAAAAAGAAUUCCUGGAGCCAGAUAGCUGGGAGACCCUGGAGCAAAACCAGGCCUAUACAGACGAAGAGAUGAGGGAGUUUGAAGAGCAUCUUGUGCAGCAAGAACAUGACCUCAAUCAGAAGGCUGUUGACCUACAGCAACAGAGGGAGGAACUGGAAAGACAGCAGGAGCAACUUAAUGCACAAAAAAUAGAGCUUCAGGAGGCAGUGGAGCAUAUGGAGCGAUUGAAGACACAGAAAGUAGAUCCCCCUCCGGAGGUUCACGUUGAAGAUGUACAUGCACAAGACAACCAGCUCCACAUGGAGGACGUCCAACCACAGGGACAUCAAGACACGCUCCAAUACCAUCAAGAACCACCCCAGGAGCACCACCAACAACAAAAUGAACACCUCCCUCAGCAAGGUCUCCCCCAGACACAUCAGGACUUACCACCGGGCCAUCAGGAAGUCCUACAACACCAGCAGAACCAGCCAUAACAAUGCUGCCAAAAACUCACAGGCAGACUUUGCAGCACCUUAAUUCCUGUGUGUAGAGGAGCAGCCCCUCCUCGGUUUGAGGCCUCUCUAACUAGAAUCAACAGCAUGAGGGGUUUUGAACACUCUUCAAAUGAAAAUGAGCAGCACAUAGGGAAUCUGUUAUCUUUAAAACCAUUAAACUGUGGAUCCUAAAACAAAGUCACAAUUUUAAAUUGACACACCAUAGUAUCCCAAAAUGUACACAAUAAUAUCAAGAUUGACAAUGCAGCUAUCCAAAAAUAUAGCUGCAAUGAGCUUUCUCCACCAGUUGAUUACUGUAAGGUCUCGCUUGAUGCUUGCUACACAGCCUGAUUGUUUGAUUCAACAGUAUGUUGGAUAUGUUCAGUGCACAGAUCAGGGGGGUUGAUGUGUACAAAGUCAUAUUUAAUUUUAGUUGUACUUAAAUUGUCUGAAUUGACCUAUUAACCCUCACAAAGACACUGCCAGUGUGCUGGGAGGGUUAAAGUAACUCAAAUACUUUAGAAAUGAAAUGACAUGCUUAAUUUGUGGUGGAAUGUGUUUUACUAGGCUGUUUAAGAAAUUGAGAGCAAGGGGUGUUUGGAAAAGGUUCUACUGUAUUGAUCUAAAACUGAUGAAAUAAGGAACUAUUUCUGGUACAAUAUUUUCAUAUUACCCCAAGAACCAUUUUGCAUCAGAUAAAAAUAAUCCACUUUCUACAAAGUUGACAGAUGAAGCAAAACAAACAAAAAAGUCCAUUAUUGUUUUGUUAAGGACAUCGUAUAAAAACAACUUUUUUUAAAUGGUAUUUUUAACUUGCUGUAUAAUUCUCCUCAAUGUUCACUUAAUUUUUCAUGUGGUCUUUUUUUUAAUUUUUAUUCUCGAUUCUUAAACUGAAAAUGUGCUCUGCCAUAGAAAAAAUAAAAAAUAAACAUGGCACAUUGUUUUUGAGCCACGCUGCAGAUGUUGUCUGCUUACGUUUUUGAAUAAAGGUGCUAGAAAUGAAGGGACAGGUAAACGCCUUCAAACAGAUUCUUUAGCUGCAUGUCCUACAGAGUUCCACGUCGAAGUCUAAGGGUAGUAGCAGUGUUUUAGGAGAUGGUUUAUACGAGUUAAUGGGGAAGCCUCUGAAAUAGUCAGUUAUCGCACCAUAAUGUUUUGAAGUCGGUUGUUCAUACACAAAUGUUUGUCUGACUUGAUCAUGCUUUUUUUUUUUUUCUCAAUUUGUCAAGCUUCAUUUUACUUUCCAUUAAGGUGUACAGUUAACCACUGUGUUGAUCAUCUGUAUCAAUUUCAUUCCAACAGCCAGAUUUGUCAAAUGCAUUUUAUUUCAACAGAUUUUUAUUACCGGUACUUGGUUCUUAAUUGGCUUCAAAAGAAAUGCAUGUUUCCCACAGCUGGUUUAUUGUAGUUGUGAUGUUACCCCGAUAGCUUUUACUGCAAGCUGAUGUUCUUCCUGGUACACAGGUGUUUGUGGUUGUUUUUCCACUUUGAAAAAGACUAAAUCUGACUUUGAGAGAAAGCACUUCUGCCUUUUUGUGGUAUAGGGACACAGCAAAUGGCAGACGUGUUACUUGAUACAAAAUGUAGACCCUUUCUCUUUGCUGUCAUGUCGUCUGUGUGCCAUGAGUUCCUCUGAUGUAUCACUGCUUUAUAAGUUGCACAACAACAAAAAAAGUGACAUUUCCUAUCUUUUGCUGCUGAAUGCAAUGUUUUCAGAAUUACCUCAGUUGAGGUGAUUAAAUCCGUUUACCUUU